AUGGACUCGGCCGUACCAAGCCCCUCGCCCUCGCCAGCACUGCCGGCACCUGCCUUCAACACGGAACCAGCCGCUAUCUUCUGGCUCACUUGGGGAGGUCUUUGGACAAUCAUGGUGAUCUGCGGAAUGGCGUUCCUCUAUGUCAACCGCAACAUGCCAUUCUUGAGGAUCCGAGGGCUGGCUUUAUCCUUCGCCUCUGUCACUUUGCUCCACCUCUACUGGUUUUCCUGCCAGGCUGGCCUCUCAUAUGGGUCGCUGAUGCCUGAUAGCGCCGAGUUUUGGGUCAUGAGCCUUUACCUUCCUUUCGGCAUUGCUCUCUUCCACGCUUCGAACAGCCGCUUUCUCCAUAUCGCCAAGGCGCAAAGGAAAUACGCCGGCAAACCGGCUUCUCUCCCACAAGCCGACACAAAUGCGUGCUCCUGCAAGGACAAGACACUUGUGGGACGAUUCCGAAAGCUAGAUUACACCACCAAAAUGCUGGCUAUUGUGUGCACGGGCAUGGUACUUCAGGGGGGGUGGUUUUCUUCUCAGCUUCUCUUGACAGUUGUGAUGUAUCUCAUCUCUCGCAAAUAUCACCCUUCGUUCGGUAUCCCCGGCACAGAGGUGAAGGGGACGCCUGCAGAGCGAAAGAUUGAGAUGGCGAGAGGCUGGGAAUGGUGGCCUUCGGUAUUCUGGCAGUUCUUUUGGGCCUGGGUUGUCGCGCCGAUCAUCCUCUGGAAAUCGCGCGGGAUCAAGGACACCCAGGGAUGGCGUUUCCAGACCAUUUCUUGCUGCAUCGCAAACUUGCACGCUACCCCUAUGUGGCUUGUCGCCUUGUAUGUACCAGCAAUGGCGCCUGUGAACAAGUACUUUAUCCCCCCUCAGUGGAUCUGUCUCUCCAUCUUUUUCACCGAGAUAUUUGCUAUAUUUAUCCCCUGCUGGCAAGUGAUCAAGCACAACACCCUUCGUCAGGAGACGCUUGAGUCCAUCGCUAUUUGGGAAGCGAAGAACCAGCGCAAGAGGAAAAACUCUAUUCUCACUGGUUCUACCCAGAUUGCGUCGUCGGCUACUUCUAGCUGGAAGUCUGUUACGCAUCUUGAGAGCGGCACUGGGCAGGCUGAAAGUAUCUUUACCAUGGGAGCCCUCGAGUACGUCUUGGAUAAGAACCCUGAGCCUCUCCGCAAGUUCUCUGCUCUUAGGGACUUCUCGGGGGAGAACAUUGCCUUCUUGUCUGCCGUCGGGGAGUGGAAGUCAUCGAUUCCUCAAUCGUCUGGUGGACGAGAGCAAUCCCCAGAACUCACCCGCGAACGAUUCAACCGCGCACUUCGCAUCUAUACCGAGUUCAUUAGCCCACGUCAUGCAGAGUUCCAGAUCAACAUCGCUUCGCAAGAUCUCAAGCGCCUGGAGAGCAUCUUCGACGACGCCACACGCAUCCUCUACGGCCACCAAACAGAAAAGUUCAGUGACCCUGUCGUGCCAUUUGAGGAUCCAAACUGGGCCGCUGGGUCAGACUUAACACCCGGUGAAUCCGAAAAAGCAGUUUUAUCGCAAGAAGCCACUAUGAGGGACCCUAUUCACAACCAUGCCCUGUACUGGGGGGAUAUACCCGAGGCAUUCACGGCAAGCGUUUUCGACGACGCUGAGACAAGUAUCAAGUACCUCGUGCUGACCAACACUUGGCCCAAAUUCGUAAAAGAGAGGAGGUAUUCUGCGGAUUCGGAAGACUCGGGGGCUACGAUGGAAACUUACAACUCUACCUCAACAUUGAACAGGGUAGUGAGGUACUUCCGAGCCAUUAGGAUGUAG